AUGUCGUUAUACUCUGAUCAUAAAUUUGAAAAUUCACUAUUUUGCACUAAUCGAUUUCCACCUCUUGAUUUUCAUGAAAGCGAAAAAGAAUAUAUUGUGAACGCCGAAUUACCGGGAGUCCCCAAAGAACAAGUCAAUGUUGAUGUUCAACGUCGUUAUGGAAGUUUCACUCGUGCUAUCACCCUUCCUCGAAACGUUAAAAUUACUGAUAUAACUGCUAAAUUUGAAAAUGGUAUUCUUGAAGUGAAACUUCCAAAGGAUCAAAGUGAGAAGCCAUCUGGAAGAAAAAUUGAAAUUCAAUAA